AUGCUGAUUCUCCUGUAUGCUACUGUAUUCUUCGCCAGUGCAUGCGGGACAGGACCUGCAUGUGUUAACGGAGACUGCGCCUACGGGGACGGAGCAUACUUCUGCCAGUGCAGGCGGGGCUGGGCGGGGGCUGCGUGCGAUGCUCCCCGUGCAGGGUUCCGCAGGGUAACUACCAGUGGGCAGACACCCGCAGACAGGGCCGUCAACUACGCUUGCCUCGUGAACGGGACGGAGUGCACAGGGUCGAGCAAGUGCACCUAUUACGCGGGGGCGUACUCGUGCGACCCCUGCCCCGAUGGCUUCGUGUCCUACGAGGGCGAGUGCCUGCCGAAGAGCUGCUUCAACACCGGCGAUUACUCAGACCAGGAGGCAACGAAGGCCCCCUGCAACGGCCGCGGCCGCUGCCUCCUGAAGGACCCCGGGCUGGCCGGGCUGAGUGCUGACGACUACGCGUGCGACUGCUACCCGAUCUAUCGCGGGGGCCUCUGCCAGUCGUGCGACGACGCCAACGCGAUCGCUGUGGAAAGCUCUUCGUCUGACGCCCUCCCUACGUGCAAUGCGCGGGCCUGCCAGGACUCGGAUGGGGUCGUGUGCUCAGGCCAGGGAACGUGCACCCUCGACGUGGGCCUCGAUCGCGAAUCAUAUCACUACCGCUGCAAGUGCAAUGCUGGCUACACACGCGUUGGGCACAAGUGCGUCAGGACAGAGUGCGUGGCCACAAUCGACGGGUCCCCGGUCGUCUGUGGGGGCUUUGGAAAAUGUAUAGAAGAAGGCGACGGUGCCCCCAAGUGCGCCUGCGACCCAGACGCAGUCCAGGUCGAUAAGUUUUGCACAUACUCCGCGUGCACAGACAGCGCUGCUACUGAGAUCUGUGGUGGAGUGGGCGCCUGUGUGCGCAACGGGGCUGGCUAUAAGUGCGAUUGCCGAGGGCUUGCCACGGGCGACCUCUGUGAUACUUGCACUCCUGGGAAAUCCGCUCAGGUAGGCGACAAGUGCGUUCCAGUGGGGUGCCUCACCUCAAACAACCAGGAAUCAUGCAAGAACGGAGGAACAUGCGUCAAGUCCGAUGGCGAGUACCACUGCCGCUGCCCGGACAUGCUCAUUGCCGUCAGCGGAGAGUGCACGUCCCCUGCAUGCAUGGACGAGGAGCUGGGGAAGGUCUGCUCGGGACACGGCACGUGCAAGACGGACGAUCUACGAAAUAUACAAUGCACUUGUGAUCAGGACUAUACUUACAUCGCUCCAGGGCGCUGCAUCUUGAGCAGUCUGGUGGAUAUCCCUGCCACGGUUUGCAGCGAUCAUGGACGCAUUGUCGUUAGUGCUGAGGCUCCUGAUACGAUGACUUGCCAGUGUUCGCCUAUCUACACAGGCAAUAAGUGCGAAACUUGUGAUACAACCACUGCAGAGGAGAUAGAUGGCGUAUGCACCGCCAAAAAAUGCAUCAUAUCGACGCCGCAACCGCCCACCGCACGUGCUGCUGACUCACGCGUCUGCGGACCAGAUGGUCAGUACACUACCUUCGGCGAUCCUAGCAAUCCGUUCAUCACAUGCGUUCCUAAAGACUCCAGUGAUGGGAAUGUCUCCGCCUACAACGGCACCUUCUCCGCUAAGCCUGGAUGUGUAUUUAUCAGUAAGAUAGACAAGACGAGAAGGUUCUUUUGUGGAUUCCUUGAGAAUGUAACAGAAAACCUGCCAGCUAAUGACUUGCCUACGUGCGCUAAACCUUCCGACAAACCCGAUCUACCUGAAACGUGCACUCAGUGUCCAAAUGGCUUUCACCUUGUACACUUUGGAGAACACAAUAAAACCUGCAUGCAUAAUGACUGUCACGAUGGCCAACCCGAUAGUCACAUGUGGUACAAUUACUGCGGCGGUGUGGGAGACUGUGUCAAAAAGAAGGAUAAAAGCGGAGGAUAUAAAUGCGACUGCGGUCCAGAUGCUACGUGGAACCCCGACUUGAAGGCGUGUGUUACUGAUGCAUGCAAGCUUGACAAAACACUUGCUGGCCCCUAUGCACCAGACUACUGCAUUCCUCAGUCUAACCUUAUGUAUCAAUGCACUGUUGGCCGGGACACAACGUGGCAGUGUAAUUGCACUGGGGACUAUGUUACGUACAACAAGACGUGCAUUUCAAAGAGUAAGAACGCAAAUCCACAGACCCACCGAGCAAGGGGACUCUGCGGUGGUCCUGGUGCGGGAUAUAUAGACAGUACUGGAACCUGCGUCUGCAGCAAUGGCUUCCUCAAGAUCGGUGACAUGUGCUACAGCUACGACUGCCUGCCAGUUGGCAUAUCAGAUAACAUAAGGAAUCCGGAUAUCAACGUGCUUGUCUGCUCCGGAAAGGGGGUCUGCGCAUACAACCAGCUAACUGGCCGGUACGGCUGCGAGUGCGAAAGUGGCCUGGAGGCCUUUGGAGGUUACUGCACUCAUCCAGGGUGCGUUGGAAAGGUGAUUCAUGACAGCGAAGUUAAGUACGUUGAAUGUCAGGUAUAUGACGGAUACCUUGGUACGUGCAACAAGAAUUCUGAUAACGGAAGUUAUUCAUGCAAGUGCAGAUCUUCCCUUAAAUUGAUUAAUAAUAUCUGCGUCCAUCCUAGUUGCGUAUCAUAUAACGAUGUCUAUUGCGGAGGAGAUGUCCUGGCUGGAUGUGUGAAGAGCGGUAAUCGUUACGGCUGCGUCUGCUCCGAGGGCUACGAAAGAGGCCAACUCAAUUCCCAAUGCAUUCCAAGUAAGUGCAUCUACAGAAGGUUGUCGGAUGAUCCGCCCAUUGUAUGUAGCGGAAUGGGGACAUGUGCUGAAGAAAAUUCUCUACUCAAGGACAAGAAGUGCAGGUGCAAUAAUAAUGCUAAAUUGGUCACACUUAGAGAUGUGAACGGCGAGUUGAGAAGUACAUGUAUUUCGGAUAGGUGCAUUUCUAGCGGAGCCGAGACAGAUACACCAGUCAUCUGUGGAGGCUUGGGCAGAUGCGGACCCAAUGGAUGCGAAUGCGAUCGAGGAACAGAGCCAUUUGAAAAGACCUGUGUGAGUCCUAUGUGCUUAAUUAACACUACAGAUAGUACAGGAAAAGUUACCAGAACUAUCUGCGGUGGCGAGACUGUCGGAGAAUGCACAAAAGUGGGAUCAGAGGGUAAUCACCUCGAUUAUACUUGCAAGUGCAAGCAACCACAGCAACCUGAUAAUUAUGCAGAGGUUGAUGGAUUUUGUCUACCAAAGCAAUGCAUAUUUAAAGUUCCAAGGCUUGAUGGAGGAGCUGAAGUAGAUACGAUGUGUGGCGGUCGUCACUUUGGAUCGUGUGUCAUUAAUUCUACUGACCCGACUAAGUCGUAUUGUGAGUGCAAAAGAGAACGGUAUGAUGUCAUCAAGAUGGAGGAUGGAAAGUGCAUGAAGGAGGUUUGUCGCAGUGCAACUUUACCCGGAGGAUCGGAUAAGAAUGUUGAGUGCUCUGGUCAUGGGAAAUGCGCAACAAAUGAUAAGAGCCAUUACUCGUGCAAGUGUGAUUCUGAGUAUGGGAUCUUUGGAGAGUACUUGUGCAUACCAAAUGCGUGUGUUGAUUCCUCAACGGAUACUAAUAAAAUAUGCGGUAACGUAGGAACUUGUUCCCUUGAGUCGAAAACCUGCAAGUGUCCUCCAGCGUAUACUGGGGCAAAGUGUGAAAACUGUGCCACAAAUUAUAAGAGACACAGUGACGGAGCCUGCUAUCUUGACAACUGUCCGACAGAUGGAUGUGGUGUCGAUGGGAGUACUGACAUAGGAAGCUGUCAGUUUGGUGGCAGUAGCUUUGACUGCGUCUGCGUCAACUCGAGCUUCGUCGUUGACAGUGCUAGCAAGAAGUGCCGAAAAUCCAGAUGCGUUUGGUCGGAUCCAUACGAUCAGACAGAAAAAACGUGCUAUGGCAUGGGUACGUGUAAUGAUAACGGCGAGGACACUGGGGCGUGUGUUUGCAACCCCGGGACAACCCUAGUCGGGACAAACAUCUGUGUUUAUAGCCAGUGCAUCUCGGAUGAGAACGGCUCUAAAACAGUGUGUAAGGGGCGCGGAGUAUGCAUCGCGAGCCUUGUGGCUGGCCAGGGAAUGUGCCAGUGCAGUGAUCAGUAUCGCACAGACAAGAAGACCGGCCAGUGCUUUGUCAAGGAGUGCUUCGGGGCGCAUGCAAGCAUCUCUGCAGAGGUAUGCGACGGUGGUGGAACGUGUAAUGAAAAUACUAAGAAGUGCGAUUGUAAUUCUGGUUUCCAAAAUCUUCCUGGCCAGAAUGGCUGCGUGCACAGCAAUUGUAUUUCGUCGGACCAGAAGCUCUGCAGCGGCUUCGGCGCCUGCGAGAAUAACAAUGGCAAUUACAUGUGUCUGUGUGCUAACUAUUACACCCUGGUUGGAAGGGACUGCAUCCCCACAAGGUGUCUCAAGGACGGGAAAGUCUGCAACGGCGGCGGCACGUGCUCCGGCGAGGGAUCCUCUGCUACCUGCAGCUGCAGCCAGGGCUGGACCCUCCACGGGACCCUUUGCUACCCAUCGGCCUGCGUUUCCGGCGGGACACUCUGCGGGGGGAAUGGCAACUGUCCACUUUCCACAGAUAGUACAUGCGAGUGCAAGUAUGGGUAUGAAAGUGUUCUUGACCAGCUCUGUAUCAGCAGCCAGUGCGUCCAGCGCGGCACCGACGGCACCGUGACGAUCUGCGGGGGCAACGGCAGGUGCGUGUCUGAGAACGGCGUAAAGCCCACUUGCAUAUGCGAUGAAGGCUUCUCUCUCACAAGCGACUUCGUCUGCGGAGUCCCUGCUCCAUCUAACAAAUCCUCGGGUGGCACGACGGCUGCGAUCGUGGUCGUCGUCCUCCUCGUCCUCGUUGCGGUGGCCGGCUUCCUCGUCUGGUGGUUCGUGAUACGGCCCAGGAGAGGCGGCCCACUGAGGGAGCGCGCCCCGCGGAAACCUCCUGGACUCCCCAAGCCGCAACUCACUCACAAUUCUAGUCUUACUGCGUCUAUGUACUCUACCGCGCCUCUGCUGAGUGGCUCCAGACAGUCAUCCAUGGUGCAGCUUUAG